AAAAAAAAUCUCUUUGCUCAUGUGCUUGUGUGGUUUUGUACCCAGAAACAAAAAAAUAAAUUGAUAUAAUCCAAACCUAAAUCCAACAUUCACACACACACACACACAAACACAUUGAUUUAUGCUGAUCGAUUCUUAUAUAAACGAGAUAUGUUUAUAAUAAAUUGACAAGUGAACAAAACGUCAACAAAAAAAUAAUAAAAAAAAUAUAUACCAAAAAUGGUCCAAAAACAAAUAUCCACUCGUACGACCGGAAAUCGGUUUAAAAAUGCUAUAUUAAUCAUCUAUUAUCUAUUGGAAUCUUUCGUUAAAAUGUUUAUACCAUUAUCGAUGAUGAAAAAGAAAAAUGUUGAAAAUCAAAAUAUAUUAAUCACCGGCGGUGGUAGCGGUAUUGGUCAAUCAAUGGCAUUAAGAUUUUUACGUUUAGGUGCCAAAGUAAUAGUUUGGGAUGUAAACCAAGAAGGAAUGGAAACAACAAAAAAAAUGGCUGAAGAAGAGAAAUUAAAUGUGAAAAAUUUACAUUUAUAUAAAGUUGAUCUUUGUGAUUCAACAGCCAUUUAUAAAGUAGCUGAACUAGUCAAACAACAGCUAGGUCCAUUGGAUAUUUUGAUCAAUAAUGCUGGUGUUGUAUCCGGACAGAAUUUUCUCGAUAUACCUGACGGAAAAAUCGAUUUGACAUUCAAAGUGAAUUGUUUGGCACAUUUUUACACCAUUAAAGCAUUUCUUCCAGAUAUGAUUAAACGUCGUAGUGGUCACAUUGUUACAGUUGCAUCGGUUGCUGGUCGUAUUGGUGUCUGUGGUCUUAGUGAUUAUUGUGCAUCUAAAUUCGCAAAUAUUGGCAUGGAUUUAUCAUUACGAAUGGAAUUAGCUAAAGCUAAUCUAGAUGGACAUAUCAAUACUACAAUUGUUCAACCAUAUUUCAUUACGACCGGAAUGUUUGGCGGUGUUGAUCCUGGAAUAUUUGAAUUUCUUAAACCAGAAUUUGUUGUGGAUAAAAUAAUGCAAGCAAUUCUUACUAAUUCUGUUCAGGUUGUUGUGCCAAACUAUUUUGAUUGGGUUUUAUGUUUUGUUCCAUCAUUACCACAUAAUUGUCUGUCAAUUGUAUAUGAUUUUAUUGGCGGUUUUGAAUUUAUGGCCAAUUUUCAUGGUAGAAAUUUACCAUCAAAAACAAUGAAAACAAAUGGUGUUAAAGAUGAAGAAAUUAAUAAUAACAUGGCCAAUAUGAUCAAUCAGAAUGUUGUCGAUAAUAAUCAUAAGUAGAAAACAAUCAAUUUUGAUCAUCAUCAUCAUCAUCAACAAAAAACAAAUCGAAUGUCGA